GCGGAGCUUCGUCGUGAGCGUGGGCUUGUGACGUGGCCGGUCUUUUGAGCCGCUGCUGCCUUUUUCCUCCCAGCGCUUUCGGCGAAGACAGGAGCGACGUUCAGCUCUCGCAGAUCAUAUUGUAAUCAUGUUUUCCAAACUGGCUUGUCCACUUACUCUUCUCCGUCGGGGUGUUCAUGCUUCAGUGAGCUCAGCAACCUCAGUUGCAACUAAGAAAACGGUCCAAGGCCCACCGUCAUCUGAAUACAUAUUUGAACGUGAAUCUAAAUAUGGUGCACAUAACUACCAUCCACUCCCUGUUGCACUUGAAAAAGGAAAAGGUGUUUAUGUGUGGGAUGUAGAAGGCAAAAAAUAUUUUGACUUCCUCAGUGCUUACAGUGCUGUCAAUCAAGGCCAUUGUCACCCAAAGAUUGUAGCUGCUCUGAAAUCCCAGUGUGACAAACUGACUCUUACCUCCAGAGCAUUUUAUAAUGACGUGCUUGGUGAAUAUGAAGAAUAUAUCACUAAAAUGUUUAAAUACAACAAAGUGCUCCCUAUGAAUACAGGUGUCGAGGCUGGAGAAACAGCAUGUAAACUGGCUCGCAAAUGGGCAUAUACAGUGAAAGGAAUCCCGAAGUACAAGGCAAAGAUUAUCUUUGCAGCUGGCAACUUCUGGGGAAGAACACUGUCUGCUAUCUCAAGUUCAACAGACCCUUCCAGCUAUGAUGGUUUUGGACCAUUUAUGCCAGGGUUUGAAGUCAUUCCAUACAAUGACUUGCCUGCUCUUGAGCGGGCACUUCAAGAUCCAAAUGUAGCCGCUUUCAUGGUUGAGCCCAUUCAGGGCGAAGCUGGUGUGAUUGUUCCUCAUGAAGGUUACUUAACGGGUGUACGAGAACUCUGCACAAAGCACAAUGUUCUCUUUAUCGCUGAUGAAAUCCAGACUGGGUUAGCUAGGACUGGGCAAAUGCUGGCUGUUGAUCAUGAACAUGUUAGACCAGAUAUCAUCCUGCUUGGAAAGGCCCUUUCUGGAGGUGUCUACCCUGUUUCAGCAGUACUGUGUGAUGAUGAAAUUAUGCUCUCCAUAAAACCUGGAGAACAUGGUUCUACAUAUGGAGGAAACCCACUGGCCUGUCGGGUAGCCAUGGCAGCACUUGAGGUAAUUGAAGAAGAAGAAUUGGUGAAAAAUGCAGAAGUUAUGGGUAAUUUAUUGAGGAAUGAGCUUAUGAAGACGCCCUCAGAUAUUGUGACUUGUGUCAGAGGGAAAGGAUUGUUAAAUGCCAUUGUCAUUCGAGAAACCAAAGAUUACAAUGCGUGGAAAGUGUGUCUGCGACUCCGUGAUAAUGGACUCCUGGCCAAGCCUACUCACGGUGAUACCAUUCGGUUGGCUCCCCCACUAGUAAUCAAGGAGGAUGAAAUCAGAGAGUGCAUUGAUAUUAUCCACAAAACCAUGUUAUCUUUUUGAAGGUGCACCAUUCAGAAGCUGCCUGCAAGUUGAUUCUUUAGUGUUCUUGCAAAAGCGAUAUUCUGGAGGGCCCUCUUUCUUGAUUUUAGCAUUUGUUUUAUCCUGUUGGAUAUGAAAACUUGUCUUCUGAUAUCAAAUAGUUCAGGUCCCCCCCUCCCCAAUUAUGGAUCUAAAGGAAGCAAAUGAAAAAAUUAAAAGAAAUUGGCUUUUACGCUAUUGUGACUUUGGAAAAUGUGUUCAACUUCAUCUAAUGAAUUAUGUUUAUGAACUGUUUAGGAACAUUUCCUUACAUUUCAACCAAAGUGUAAAUUAUAUAAAUCUAAUGUAUCAAAUGCUAAUAUCCUAAGAAUGUUUUUUUUUAAAAAAUAUUUGGCAUGUUUCUCAUCAUUUGGUGCUCAAUGGAGGACUGAAAUCUUAUUGCAGGUGCUAAUGAUUUUCUUUGUUGGGAAACCAUCACUUUGGAAGAUCAAGAACAGUAGAACCUUUCGACUUUCAGAAAAGUGUAUUGAUUCAUGAAGGUUGAUCAAACGAGACGUCAUCCUAGUCAGUGUUUUGUGACUGUAACAAGCAGGUGCACUUUGUAUUAAGCUUAUUGGCCUAUUGGCACUGGAUGCUGAUUCCAGAAGUUGUGAUCAGCUUGAAUGUGAAGUUCAAAAUGGUUUUAAAAUUGCAUAUCUGGUUUUAUUUGAAUUGGAGUAAAAGCAUUUUGUUAAUACAAUUAAUGGUUA